CAGUUCAACAACUAAUCUUCCACCAGGCCAUACUCGUACGGUACCAUGCCACAACACGACGCCAAACUAGAACAACGAAACUCAAAAUCGAAAAUCCUAUUCAAUCUAAUAGAAGCAAUGAAAGACGAACGAAACUUCUACAAUGGGCAAUGAGGAGAGGAAAGACGAAGCUGCACCUGAAGCUGCACCAGGCGAUUGCAAACGGAACGUCAGUCGUGAAAAAAAAGAUGAAGAUACGAGUGGUACCAAACGCGUAUUGGCUGCCAACACCAAUCAUUACUGCACCAGCACCGGCGGCAUCGACGGCGACCACGACGAAUCCGGUGUUAAGAGCAUUCGAAUGCUGGAAUUUUUUUCGGGCAUUGGUGGAAUGAGACUCUCGCUGGAAAGGGCACUGUGGCUCUUGAACGAUGGUGACAACCACGACGAUAACGAUGAUCCUGCGGGAAGCAGGAGUAGCUACUGUGACGAGAUGAUAGUGCAAUCACAACCACAACCACAACCACAAACCAGACGAAGCCACAAACGAACAACCUUUCGGCUAGAUUUCUGUCGCGCCUACGACAUUUCGCUGCACGCCAACAACGUCUAUCGGCACAAUUUCGAGGCAGGGAAAGGGAACGGCGAAAAAUGCAAUGAAACCAACAAAAACUUUGCGGUGGCCACCAAGCUCGUCGAGCAACUCCGGGUCGGAACCAUUGCGAAACUCCGCACCAACCUGUGGACCAUGUCGCCUCCCUGCCAGCCAUUUACGACCAACGGCAGGGACAAAAAAGGCAGCGACCGGCGAUUGGACGCUGAGGACAAGCGGUGCAAUGGCCUCAAGGGGAUCAUCUCAUUGCUGGACGCACUGAGAAGAAUUAGCAUCACCGGGAACAGCCACGCAGCAGACGAAACCGAAGGAGCCAAUGCUAUUGAGGACCCCUUGCCUCGCUGGAUUCUUCUAGAAAACGUAAAGGGCUUUGCCAACAGUGAAAUGUGCAGGCAGUGGUACGAAUGCCUGAACCGCAACGGGUAUUCCUACAAACCAUACCUGCUCAGCCCCAUCGACCUCGGGAUUCCGAACCAUCGCAUGCGCUUUUACGUGCUGGCAGAGCGGACCACAAGAAGUCCACGGUGGUAUGUUGUUCCACAACGACAACAGCCGCAACACAACCAUGCGGAUGUCAACGACCCAGAUCACGGAGACCAGAGCACAACGGUUCCCGUUCCCAUUCACGAUGCUGCAUCCCUUCCCAACCGGUCGUCCUCGUGGUCCGGGGGGCAAGCCGGAACGACGCCCCCGACCAUUCAGACGAUUGGAACCUACGUCUUCGACGACGACUUCUACGCUGCUUCCUGCGACGAGCCCGGGCGAGAACAGCACGCCGCCAGGGACGGUUCGGCCGAGGCAGCUUCGCGCCCGGUGGUACCUAUGUCGGUCCUCUCCAAGCCCUGGGCAAAGAAUCUGGGGAUCGUGACCAAAAAGGACACCAUUACGCACUGCUUCACCGCCGGAUACGGCCGCAUCUACCAUCGAUCAACCGGAAGCCUUCUGUGGAUGGGGGACGACACGGAACGCGACGAUCGCCCGCCGCUGUCGGAGGUUCCGCUCGAUCGGUCGGACAUGACUGCCUACGAGGGCAAGCUGAGGAGGUUCACACCAGAGGAAUUGCUGAGGCUGUUUGGCUUUGUGGAGGUGGACAUCGACGGCGGCUGUGGCGGUGAUGAGGGCAAGAGCAACCCUUUUGAGAUACCCUCCGGCGUGGUUCCCUCGCUGGAACAGCGCUACAAAUUGAUCGGGAACAGCAUUAGCGUCAGGGUUGUCACCGAGCUCUUGUGCGAGCUGCUCAUGGAUUCCCAAGGAAACGAAUAGAAGUGCACGGACGGUUUUGUUGCCACAUCUGCGCUGGGGCGGGGCCCCUGAGACGGUUUGCGCC